AGCAGCGAUCUGACCAGAGGAAGGCAUACAGUCGGUGAGCUCCUAGGAGCUAACACAUUUCUCAGAUUGUCGGGGGUUCUGCCAUUCAACAGCCAGGAUGGCUCGGGAUAUGUCAGAUAAGGAAAUCUUGAAAAUGGAGCUGGAUCAGCUGAAGAAGGAAGUUAGCACACCGAGAACAGCAGUGAGUGCAAACUGUGCAGAUACGAUUUCGUUCGUUGAGGGAAUGCUACCAAAUGAUCCGCUGAUCAAGGGCGUUCCAGAUGACAAGAACCCCUACAAGGGAGACAAGGGAGGCUGCAUAAUAACAUAGCACACAAUGCAUCCAGGGAAAAGUCACACUGUUUUUAUA